AUGACACCCCCAGAAGGCUGGACAUUAUCAAAUACCAUUGCGGGUCAAUUCAGCAACUUAGACCCAGUCCUUACCUCUGAUGAACAGUACCUUUUUGUUGGGCUUGAGUCGGCUAUUCAUGUCUACUCCGUUACUACGUCUCGUCUCUACCGUACACUGCAGCUGAAAUCCGGCCAACACAUUGUUGGAUAUGCGCUUUCACCCGCCAACCAGGAGGAUCUGUUUAUAUUCACUUCAACUGGCUCGGUGACUAGAUGGGAUUGGCUUUCUGGUGAACAGACUUCAUGCCUGGACUCUCGAGGCAAGACAAUAUCGAUUGACUUGAGCAUCCAUGAAACUGAUGACCAUACGGGGUUCCGCCUCACAUCCUUGCGGGAGCAUAAAGAUGGGAAGAAGGAAAUAGUGAUCACCACACUGAGCGACGGUAACCCACGUGAAACACUCGUCCUUCAGACGGCUGCUCGAAUCAGUCAGAUCAAGGUUGUGCGCAAUGGACAGGUCAUUGUCGCAUAUGGCAGCCAGAAUGUUCUUCUCGGGGUGGCUUGUACUGAAACCACAAAUUCGGUACCUUCGUACUCCUGGCGCGAAGUAAAGUUACCUGUCAACAUAACCUGUCUUGAUUUGCGGUGCACCCCCCGAGCCGAGGAGUCCACUGUAGGCGGAAAAUCACGCGCAGGGGAGGUCGACCUUGUUUUGGGAGACAUAUACGGCUCCAUAUUGCUGUAUCAUGACAUUAUCGGUUCAUUUGAAGAGGACAACUCUGAAAUGUCAAGGAAGCCAGCACCAAGACGAUUGCACUGGCAUAGAGGACCUGUCAGUGCGGUUCGGUGGUCAAGGGAUGGGAAUUACAUUAUUUCUGGUGGCCAUGAAUCUGUUAUGGUUUUAUGGCAGCUGGAAACGGGAAGAAAACACUUCCUUCCUCAUCUCUCGUCUCCAAUUUGCAACAUCAUAGUGUCUUCGACUGGAAACACCUAUGUUGUCAAAUUAGCCGAUAAUUGUAUCAUGCUGCUAUCCGCGAGGGAAUUGCAACCGUUUGCCACCAUCAUUGGUCUGCAACUAUAUCCGAAGGCGACUAGGCCUCAGGAUCGAUCAGUACCACUAUCGACUUACUGCGCGCCCCAAUCCACUACAGCCGCGCUACACCCUCAGCAUCCUGAUCGGAUUCUGUUAGCCGUCCCAGCCUCUCGUCAAUUGACACAGUGUGGUCGCCCGUUGCCGAAUUCUUCUGUUCUACAGACGUAUGAUAUCAACACGAACAGCCACCUCUCUCGGCAAGCACUUGCACGUACGAACGCAACUACUUUGAGUGUUAGCCCUGAAGGUUCGCAAAUAGUUGCCCCGGAUGUCGUUCAUUUAAGUAUUUCCCAUGACGGGAAGUGGAUGGCUACUGUCGAUGAUUGGUGUCCAUACCCACAGGACGUCGAAGCUUUGGAGCUACUAGGUCAAAAAGAAGCGACAUGCAUCACAGUACGGGAGACGUACUUGAAGUUCUGGAAGUGGAAUACCGUUUCAGGUACUUGGGAAUUGGCGACGCGUGUCGAUGGGCCUCAUUUUUCACGAGAUGGCCCUCUCCCGGUGCUGGAGCUCGCUUCUCGGCCACGAAGCCAUGAAUUCGCUACCAUUGGCCUCGAUAUGGUGUCGGUUGACCCGUCGGAUGCUGGCCUAGCUAUUCUCAUUGACGCGCAAAGCUGUGAAGUCCACUACAGCAGAACCGGCUUGUACACUGAACAGUCUCUGUCGAUUUGGAACAUUGUUGAUGACACGGUGAGGGUGGUUCCUUUGGCCGGAGGCAACUCUCCUGCUACCGCUUCGCCCUUGCUGGCUGUGAGUCCCAUGACCGAGACAUUUGCCGUCGCUACUCCCGAUGUGCAGGAAAAUCAACCCGCGAAGAAAACACGGCAACCUCAGUUCCGUGUACGGGUCUAUGAUAUUCACUCCUUGUCCUUGGUUUAUCAAUCUCCGCUCAGGUAUUGCCCUCUGGCCCUGCUUGCAGACCCAAGUUCUGUUGAUUAUAUCAUUGUGGAUUCUGCGGCCAAUAUACAACGACUUGGUAGCACGAAAAAGAUUUCUCAUCCCAGCCAGUCAUCUCCUGACACGGCUAUUCAUCUUCAUUCCGGCCUUGCGAGUUUGUUUGGCAGCAAACUCCGUGGGACCGGCAUCACACCCCUUCCCCAUGGGUCUGAUUCCUUGCCUCGCUCGGAUCCAUCAACCGCUCAGAGCAAAAGUCUGGCUAGCGUCUUUGGCGAUGUUCCCCCUUUCGUUUUGCCUCCCGCCAAUAAACUUUUUCACGACGUUGUGCAUGCGCUUUCCGGCUAA